AUGGCUUGGCUGUUUGCGUCAUCCGACGGUAUCGUAAACAUUACGCCGGCCGUCACCCAAGUUCUCGCUAUCGCUACGAUGCUGCUUCUGGGCGACGUUAUCUCCCAGAAAAUCAUCCAGCGAAAGCCCGCCAUUGACGCCAGGCAAGCGACGAGAUUCUUCAUGAUCGGUGCUUUGUACACGGGCCCGCUGGUCGUCACGUGGUACUCGUGGGUUGAGAGUGUGGUUGGUCAGGAGAUCCACGGCGCCAUCCUUGUGAAAGCCUUACUCGGUCAAGUUCUCUUCUCGCCGCUACUUUUACUCGGCACCAUAAUCCUCUUCGACGUGUUCCAGCGACGGUCAUGGACAGACGUCAAGCAGAGUAUAAGGACCAAAUAUCUACCAUUGCAGACGGUGGUAUACCUCUUCUGGAUUCCGGUGGAGCUUGUGAACUUUCAGUUCGUGGCUGCUCGGUGGCGCCCCCUGUUCAACGGUGUCUGCUGCUUGUUCUUCAAGACUUACAUGGCCUGGAGGAUGAGUGGAGUUCGUCCGGUGACAGGCGCUACCUCUACUGCUAAAGAACCAACUCUACCAGCUUAG